UUUCAGCACCUCAAGCCUGUGGACAGCUCCUUCCUUUCAGCGCCUCACUCCCUCCAGCCUACGGAGAGCUUUCAGACCAGUUUUACUCCUACCAGUGCAUGGACAGCUCCUCCCUCCAAAGUGCAACUGACCGACCAUGGAUUUUCAGCGGGGUUCGGCAUUUUCGCUGCAGAACAUGGUAUAUUUCAGCAUUUGAAGUUUAAGAAAAAAGACGAGGGGUUUAGAAAAACUGGCUGUUUUUUUUCUGGGAGUUAUUGGUCUGUUCGUAUCUUUGGUUGCAAAUCAAUUGUUAACCGGGACUCCAGGCAGCUAAGCCACCUGCACACGGUAUAUACAGAGGAUGUGUGGGAUACAUACAACAGUGGGCUCUUCGGUUCGAAAGGUAACAGACCCUUCAUACUCUCUUGGUCUAUUUUGCGGCGACUUUAAGGAAAAGAACAAUCGCUUCAAAAUGUGUUUUAAGAAAAGCACAUCAGCUGGUUCCAAGCCAGAGUAACGUAUUAGAAUUAGAUUUGCAUUUCUUUAGAGGGAGGGUGGAAAUCAAUUUCUUUUCAAUCGAUAGAAUCGCGGACGAGGAAAAUGGAAGCUGCCCCUGAAUACUCGCUUUUUCUCGUCCGGAUCUUGGAAGAGCUGGAUACGAAUCACAGCACGGUUUCCUAUCAGGAUCUGUGUAAAUUGCUUUGUGCUCGGUUUGAUUUAACUCAUUUGGCAAAGCUGAGGAGUCUUUUGUUUUACACUGCCUGCUUGGACCCGAAUUUCCCAGCUACUCUUUUCAAAGAGAAAUUACGGUGUAAUGUGGACAGCCCCCAGUCCAAAAAGAUCAUGAUAGCCGCCGAUAUCGUCACCAUGUUUAAUCUAAUUCAGAUGAACGGGGGGGUCGCGAAGGAGAAACUGCCUCACAGGCACCAACACAAGGUGAGAAAAAACCAGUCUUUUGAUUGCUGUCGAUCAGAUACAGAAAUCUGUCGGGUUCGAUCUCCUGUAUCCAGCCAUGACUCAAUGGACAGAGAUGGUUGCAGUGAACCCUCGGCAGCAGGAGACUCGAAUCUAUGUCCUACAGCUGACUGUAAGGACUGCCAACGUCUCAUUUGCACUUCAGAGCCCAAUUUUUUCCUCGGGGUCAGAAAUGAAGGGAUAGAGGAGAAUAAAGACAGGGCGGCCUCACUUGACCGACACCAAGCAUCGCCAACUUUUAACAGUAUAGAUCCUCAGGCAUGUGUUAUGCAGACCACAUACUUCCCCAUGGACCCCAGCCAGGAUUCAAACUCAGAUCAAGAUUCCCCGAGCAGAAAAGCGGACAGGAAUGGGACAUUUGAUUCCAGCGACGAAGCAUUCACCAUCUCUCCCCGUGUACAUGGCAGACCUGUGUUCAAUGGAGAGCUGCAGGACAUGCUUCCUUGCAUUGCCAAGUUCGUGCCAAUGGACAAAGAGUCUGAGGAUGAGGACAAUGGCUCCCACCUUCGAAAAAGCGGGUCACGUUUCUCCACUUUUUUCAGUAACAGUUUUGAGAUGCCUUACAACAAUCCCUACUGUGACUCGAUGCCAUUCACAAGUCAAGAGAAACGAUACGUCAAACACGAAAGUUUAGAUGACCUACAAGGAAGCACCUACUUUGGUCCCAGUACAAUAUCACAAGAGUCCCGGAAGCUCUCCUCUAAACCAAACAAGCCGGCGUCCUGGCUCCUAAAGAGCUGGAGUUUGAACAAUGACACAGCUCAGGACAGUGAGCAGUAUUUUGCUGGUGAGAAACCCAGCCCUCACCGUUAUCAGGGCAAUGUCAAGGAGGAGCUGCUGGCCGAGGCUCGCCAGAGACAGGCAGCGGCAGCGGCGGAUGCGAUCAGCACCAUGGACAGGGCACAGGCUUACUUCAAGCAGGCGGCUGCAGGGGGCGACGAGUCGCUGGGCGCAGCAGGCAAACCAUUCAGCUCAAAACUGGUGGCGUCCGGCCAUUGUAACCCAAGGAAAGUGAAAGAUAAAAGUGUGAACUGCACGUCGCAGGCGCAGAGCUUCGAGAAGACAACAAGCGUGGGCACCCAGACCGAACAGGCUGUCCGGGGCAAGGGGAAGGAUGGUAAUCAUAGGCAUCAGCCCAAGUAUGGAGACAAAGUGCCCCUGAAACAUUCAGACGAGGAUUCCGAGGGUCUCAGUGACGAUAUCAGUGAUAUAUUUAGGUUCCUGGACGAUAUGAGUUUGAAUGAUUCCACUGGACUCUUGCAGUCCUGUUAUAACAGCAGCGGUUCCCUGCCCCAUCUGCCCAAAUCAGAUAGUGGCAGCCUGGAGCGGACCCCGGUGAAUGCCAAUGCCCCCCAGAAGGAUCAGGGCAAAGGGCUUCUCUCCAACCAGCCCGGAGACGAGGAACUCAAGAUGAGUGUCUGCAAACUGGUGCUGAGGAUCGGCGAGAUCGAGAAGAAAUUGGAAAGUCUGUCCGGGGUUCGGGACGAGAUCUCCCAGGUCCUGUCCAAACUCAAUAAACUGGACCAGAAGAUCCAGGAGCCGGCAGGAGAGAGGUUGUCCCCUGCCAGCAACCAGGAGAGUCUCCGAGUCAAAGCCCUGAGAAAAAAUUUGUUCGUCAGAAGAUCUUCCAAGUCGUUAACGGAGGAGAACAGCGCCACCGAGUCCAAGAUUGCCAGUAUUUCCAACUCUCCCCGGGACUGGAGGGUCAUGGGCAACAACAGUGAACCUGGCAUCACCCUGGAGGAGGGCAAGCAGCAGGUGGUAACCGACAGCAAAGAUUGGCAGCGCAAGACCAGAGAGUUAGAUCGACGAUACGUCAUUUCACAAUCACACAGACCAGCAAAGCCUGGGAAAGAUUCUCUUCUGAUUGAACAAGUCUUCAGCCCACACGCUUAUCCCAAUUCCAUGAAGUCCCACAUGAAAAGCAAUCCGUUGUACACAGACCUCCGACUGACUGAGGUCUUAGAGCAAAAGCGACCUCAGCCAUCAUGGACCAUAGAGGAAUACAACAGGAAUGCUAGUGAGAAGGCCAAAUCAGCCAUUUUGGAUAUUCAGAAUCAAGAAUCGUUAAAUCCAAAUAACUUAGAAUACUGGAUGGAGGAUAUUUACACUCCAGGAUAUGACUCCUUACUGAAACGAAAAGAGGCUGAAUUCAGGAGAGCAAAGAUCUGUAAGAUGGCUGCCUUAAUUGCAGCAGCAGUGUGUACUGUGGUUUUGGUUAUUGUAGUGCCCAUUUGCACUAUGAAAUCUUAAUUGUUUUAUAAUUCUUGUAUCAAACACUCAAAUAAAUAUCUUAGGUCUCAAAUCAAUAUGAGCAUUUGGGGCUGAUGUUCAUCUUACUGUUCUGAACCUUAAAUGUGUUGUAUAAGUGGGUUUACAGGAUCAGACACCAGGUAUCUUAGUCUUUGCUGGAGCACAACUUGUUAAAAUCAUUGCACCAUCUUCCUCUGUGCACUGUUCUAAAGCUGUCAUUUAAAAUGAACAGACUCAUGACUCCAUUUCAUUGUAUAGUGUACAAUAAAAAGUGUCCUAAUGAAUAAUCCAGCAAGAUGUCAAAAUGUUAGUUCCAUUUUAAAACAAACUUGUUACAAAAAGCAAAACAAUUUAUUGGAAAAAUAACCAUUGUAAAUUAACUGUACAGGUAGCAGCAUUUGAGGGUUAAUUAUGUUUUGAUGAUGAUUGUAAUUUAGAAUAGAACACUUUAGAUUGUUUCAGGAAUUUUAGGAAUUAAAUCAACCUCCUUGUCCUGGUAGAAUGUGUUCUCCUUUCAUUUGUCCCAGUUCUUCCAAAUAUAAGGGGUUGCUAUGGGAACCUGCAUGGGUCUCAUGGAAUAUGUAGAACAUUCCUUAUUCCAGCUCUAUUCCAGCCCCCUCCCCUAACUCUUUUUUCAGGCACAUUGAUGACUGUGUUGGUGCCACGUCCUGCUUUCAUCCAGGACUGGAAAACCUCUUAAACUUUGGUUCCAUAUUUCAUCCUUUUCUCAGUUUUACCUGGUCCAUCUUUGAAGCUUUCCAUCUCUUUUUGAACUUCUCUAUCUCUAUUUCCCAGGAUAGGCUGUCUGCAGAUAUUCAUUGUAAGCUUAUUGACUCCCACAACUACCUCAAGUACAUGUCCUCACAUCCUGCUUCUAAUAAGGACUUAGUUCUACUUUCCCUGUUUCUCUGUUUCCAUUCUGUCUUUUCAGAUGAUGGAUCCCACCAUCAUAGUGCUUCCAAUAUGUCAGACUUCUUCCUUAACCGAGGAAUUCUGCAAGUUGACAAGGCUCUCAAUAGGACUGACCAACUUCCAAUAAUUGUUGUGCUCACCCCUUCCUCUCCCUAGCCUUUCUGCCCUUUUAACUGCUGCUUUCAUCUCUGCCACCUCAAGUAUCCAGCACCUCCAUCAAGCACAUCUUCCCCUUCCUCCUUCAUCAACAUCUUAAAGACACCAUAUAGUACCUUCCCAUACAAUCAUAGGAGUUUUGUUUUAUUCAUUCACAGGAUGAGAGCAUAGCUGGCUCAGCCAGCAUUUAUUGCCCAUCCUGAACU